AUGGGUGGUUUAGCAUUGAGCGAGGCACAGGUCAAGAAAGAUCUUGCAGAAAAGGAAGCCGAAUUUUUGGCACAGGGUGGCUCAUUCCCGCAUGCCACAACAUCUUCAAUCUUUAUCGCCCUUGGAUUGGAGCUGGAAGAGGCCCAACGACGUGUUAGACGUCUGGCAAAGGGGGUAGGACCUCAAUCAACAAUCCGGCAGGCAGGAUCUUUGACCGAACAGCGAAAUGUUCUCGCAACUCGUAUUCGGGCAUGGGAGCAACUAUUGCCAAUGUCCAAUUCGCUGGCCUCGAUCAGGCAAAUUCUUAUUAUCAAAUCCAGAAUGAUUGAUUUCAAGAACAAAAACAUCCGAGGACAGCGGGACGGCACACAAUUGACUACAAUAAUUGAUCGUGUCCACGUACGAGCGCGUUUUGCAGCCUCAAAGUAUCGGUCUGCACGAGUUGCACAUCUGGCAUUAGCAGGAGAAGGUGAUUGGGAAAACACAUACCAGGUGUUGGAGGACAAGGAUGUGAGGGGAUACCAGGAUCCAGACCAAUUACGCCCUCAUGUAGGACGUCGAGGCAUAUACGAAGAUGGGCACAAGCCCUCAAACAUUGAAGUAGAUGAAGAUGACAGUAUCGACCUUGUGAAUCAGCAGAGGAAUAGAAGAGAUGGUACAGGACAGACCCGAAGAACAUUAUCUUGGAUAUGGACGGUUACAGUGGGUGUUCGAACGGAAGAAGACCAUGACAACAUUCUCCGAGUAGAGUGGGCGAAGAGUCGUGCUCGGGUUAUGCGUGCCAAGGAGGAGGUGUUACUUUUGAAGGAGGAAAUGCGGAGAAUGUUAAUGUUCUUGAAGCACAGGUCGGCAUGGUGGGUAGAACGGCAAUCGGCGCUUCCAGGCACUCGGAAGGAUUUGGCAGAAGGAAUCUCUGCCUUUGCGAAAUCCCAAGCAGAAAUCCAGACAUCUCUAGCAAACCAUUUUCAGAGGCUAUGGGCAGCACCUUUCAGUGACAAGAUUACAGAGAAUGAUGAUGAUGAUGACAACGACGAUGAGGGAGAUGAGGUUGAUCAGGUUGAUCAGGUACCUCCAGAUGAAGACGAGGAGGAAGAAUUUGAGAAUGAGACGGAAGAGCCCCUGUAG